AUGUCUGUUAGGGACAAAGCCCGCAAAAUUAGAACUCGAAUCAAAUCUCAUAUCCAAGGCCUGGUUGAGAGCAGCCCACAGCCCUCGUUCCCAGCACCGGUAUCGCCCCAUACACAAGCAACGCCCACAAGCCAACCUAUUUCACCCCGGAAUACCCCUUUGCCCUUGAUUGAAGAUGAAAGUUGGACCAAAUUAAAAAGCCUUAUGCGUACGCUUAGGCAAGCGUCUGUUGCCAGCGGGUUAGGACUGGUGACAGGCAUUAUUGAAGGAUUGAUUGAUUCUAUUCAGAUAUUUGAGGAUACGGCGAAGGGUCAGAAACAAUACAAAGACUUACGAAUCGAGCUGGAACUGUUAUUCGAUGAGUUGCAACAAUAUUUCUCUAAAUCACCAAUCAUAACAACGAGUAUAGCCAACAUCUGUGGAUCAAUAAACAAGGAAAUAGAAUAUUUGAAGAAUCAACAAGCAAGGCCAGCAACAAAGCGAUUGCUUCAAGCGGAAAAUAGUUCGGAUGAAGUAUGGGAAUGCUAUCGACGUAUACAAGGACACCUUCAGCGACUUUCUCGAAACGCAAACGUCUUGGCUUGGAUUCUUGUUGACCAACUUGCAACAAUGUAUCAAUGGGCAACUGGCCAUGAUACAGGAAACAUCUACUGGAUGAGCGGUAUGGCUGGGACCGGCAAGACGACAAUUGCAUAUAGCCUAUGCGAGCAAUUGGAUACAGACGCAAGCCGUAUAUUGUGUGCCAGUUUCUUCUGUUCCCGGUCGCUUCCCGAGUGUCGUGAUGUGGGGCGUAUUAUACCAUCGAUUGCGUAUCAACUUGCUCGAUGUUCUCGGCCAUUUCAAUACGCACUGCACCAGGCAAUGGAAGAAGACCCAGACGCCCACACUCGUUUACCGUAUCUCCAAUUCGAAACAUUAAUCGCACAACCUCUUUCCGACAAGAGAGUGAAGGAGGCAUUUCCAACGAAUAUGGUAGUCGUGAUUGAUGCCCUGGACGAAUGUGAAGACUCCAAAAGUACGCAGCAAAUUCUCCAUAUACUUCUAACGAAAUCAAGGAGCCUCCCGAUUAAAUUUUUCAUAUCAAGUCGCCCAGAAGCUGCCAUACGCGAUCAAAUGAAAAAGGAUGAUUCUUGGAUCGAUUCACAAAUUGUUCUGCACGAAUUGGAUAGCGGGGAGGUACAAGCGGACAUCAAAAGAUAUCUAAGUGUGGAACUGGCCCCAAUCAACCCCUCGGAUUCAGAAAUCAAACAAUUAGUUGAACGGGCUGGGGUACUGUUCAUCUAUGCUGCCACUGUAAUACGUUAUGUCGGGUACGAUGGAUUCUGCAGAAACCCACGCGCACGAUUGAAGACAGUGCUCGGUAUGACCAAUCACCACAGCAAGAUUCAGACCGAAGAUAUAGACGGGUUAUAUACGGUUAUCCUCAAGGCGGCUUUUGAUGAUACAAAACUCGAAGAGGAGGAACUAAAUGACAUGUCACUUGUCCUUAACACGGUGAUAUGCGCGAAGCAGCCACUUACCAUCAACGCCCUAGCCGGAAUUCUGAAGCUUGAAGACGUUGGCCAAGCCCACGCGGCACUACGACCGCUAUGGUCUGUACUACAUAUAGUACAAUCCACAAUGAUAGUCACAACACUACACGCAUCUUUCCCUGACUAUUUGCUUGACUCCACCCGCUCCGGGGGUUGGAAAUGGCAUUGCAACGCUAUUAUACAUAACUACAUCCUUGCUCGAAGGUGUUUUGAGUACAUUCGAGACUCAGAGCCUCAAUUUAACAUCUACAAACUAGAAUCGUCUUGCCUCAUUGAUGAAGAAGUUCCAGACUUGGAUGUGCGGAUUCAGGAAGCUAUACCCAUUGAGCUAUACUAUGCAUGUCGAUAUUGGCCUGACCAUACAGAAUCCUCCCAAUCUCACUCGGCAUCAGCUUUAGUACCACUCCUAGAACAGUUUAUGGAAAGGAACCUGUUGUUAUGGAUGGAAGUUCUGAACUUGAAAAGGGAUAUGGACGUUGGGCCGGGCCAAUUGGUAGUUGCGAAACAAUGGUCAAUUCGGCAUGGUGCUACCUGUCAGCUUGUUAAUCUAAUCCACGAUGCAUGGCGUUUUGUACUCAUAUUUUCAUCAAGUCCAUUAUCACAAAGCACCCCUCACAUCUAUGUCACAAUGCUCCCGUUCCUACCCCCUCAUAGCCCGUUACGCAAGUACUAUUCUCACAGAAUGAAAAGGCCAAUUCGUGUUAUAGGUACUGCACUCGAGCGAAGGAAAGGGCUAUUGGCUCGAUUGUCAAUAGGUGGUAGCGAUUCUGCAACGUGCUCCCCCGAUGGUACACUCAUGGCCUUGGGGUGGAAUGGUUCAGACAUGGUCUGCCAUAUCUCGAUCUUAGAUACUUCCAGCGGACAAUUAUUAUUGGAUAUAUCCCAGGAGGAGACCACUGGCCGAGUUUUUUGCGUUGCUUUUUCUCCAGAUAGUACCCGUAUUGCAUCUGGGAUCAAUAACACUAUCUGGAUCUGGGAUGUCGCAAACGGAAAACUAGUCCUUGGUCCACUUGAGGGCCAUCAGGACUUUGUCUUCUCGGUCCUUUUCUCGCAUAAAGGCUCUUACCUGGUGUCUGGUUCUCGUGAUAAGACCGUCCGUGUUUGGGAUUCACUCUCUGGUCGUCCAUCGACAGCUUCAUUUACAAAACACACCAAUGAUGUCUACGCCAUCGCAAUCUCAUCAGAUGAUUCUCAGGUUGUUUCUGGCUGUUGGGACGGGGUAAUUCAUCUAUGGGACAUGCAAAGCUGCAGCUCUCUGUUGGGUCCUAUUUCGGCACACAAAUUUGGCAUAACCUCGGUUGCCUUUUCGCCUACAGGUUCCUACGUGGUGUCAGGUUCGCGCGAUGGUACUAUGCGUAUGUGGGACAGUCAAACAGGCCAAAUGCUGUUUGGCCCAUUUCAGUACGACAAUAAAUGGGUAGAGUCUGUUGCAGUCUCGCCUGAUGGCGCUCAUAUAUUAGCGGGGUUUGACUAUGGUACGAUUCACGUAUGGGAUGCGGCCACCGGUAAGGCGGUCUUGGGACCGUUGAAGGAACAUUCAAGGUCAAUCUCUAUGCUGUGGUGUUCGCCUGAUGGCACUCGCAUCAUUUCGUACUCCUACGAAGGGGGGGACUUGUGUCUAUUGGAUGCUCAAAGCGUGAUUGCUGCACCAAAUUCCUUUCCUGGUCACACUGAAACAAUUCUUUCAAUUGACAUUUCGUCCGACGGAGACAGUAUCGUUUCUGGAUCAGCGGAUAGGACAGUGUGUGUAUGGGACCUAACUAAUGGGCAGGUCAUGCUUGGUCCACUCAUUGGUCACACCCGUUGGGUCCAUUUUGUGCGAUUCUCCAGAGACGGAAGUAGAGUAUUAUCCUGCGCAAGUGAUAGGACCAUACGCCAAUGGAACGCCCACACCGGAGAUGCUUACAACAACGUGAUAGGGGAUACAACCGGCUAUUGCGAAUCCAACGGGAACGUGGGCUAUGUCUCAGCGGAUUAUUCUCCGGAUGGUAAAUGUAUCGCCUCUAUUUCCGAAGACGCAGAUAUUCGCCUUUGGAACUCGAGUACCGGCGAAAUGCUUAUAGCACCUAUCCAAGUCGGAAGAGUGCUGGGUAGAGUCAUUCAGUUUUCUUCGGAUGGUAAAACUCUAUUCACUGGCUGUGAAGAUGCAACUGUUGGUGUGUGGGACGUGCAGAGUGGCCAAGAAAUCGUCAACAUUAAAUACGACGAUCAUUUUCCCAAUGAUUCGCCUGUAUGGGCGUUGGCGUUCUCGUCAGACGGCCUAUAUAACAUACAGUGCUUUUCAAACCCUACUAUAUGCAGAAGGUCGACAUGGAGAGCGGAGGAUAUGCCCGGAAGUUUCGAGGGCCCUAGCUCACAAGUCGAAUCUGUGCGAUUCUCCCCCGAUGAUACACGAAUCGUGGCCGGCUAUAGGGACACCACCAUCUUCGUAUGGGACGUACAAACUGGAAAUUCUGUAUGGGGCCCACUUAGGGGACACACCAAUUGCGUUAAUUCCGUUGCCUACUUUCCUGAUGGUAGACGUGUUGCUUCUGCCUCGGAAGACACAGCGAUUCGAAUAUGGGACGUAGAUGAGAAGCUCGAUGACUGCCCGAAUAAAUCUGAUAAAGAAUCGAUUGAAUGGGUACUAGCUGAGGACGGAUGGGUUAUGGACAAGGAGGGCCGGCGACUAGUAUGGGUUCCCCACGACUUGCGCGUCUCAUUGAUGUCACCAAAGAACACAAUGUUGUUGCAUCGUGACGGAUAUGUAAAAUUGGACUUCGAAGGUGCUUGCAUAGGAGAUGAAUGGGCUAGUUCGUGGAUAGAUAUUUGA